ACACAAAAACAAAACACGUAUGGACAGACCCCGACUCCCGCUCAUUCAAUGCCAACUAAUCAAUCAUUCAAUCGAGUCACACACAUGCACAUCGGGGGCGCUUUUUUCAUCUCCAUCAAGCGGCAGUCGGUACAGUUCGUGAUUGGAGCUUGAUGAGAGAACAGGUACUGUUCAAGCCAGAGUAAGUGCUUCUCAGUAAGGUACUAGUUAGUUUCGAGUUCGCUUUUCUUGGAUUUUUGGCUUUUGGUGCUAUUUUUCCGCAAAACCACGAUCUUAUUCAAUCCAUUGGCGAACAACCCAUACCAACGGGGAUUACAGGGUAUUUGAAUCGCGUGUUAGUCAACACUGAAACGAGUGGGCAGGCCUUGCCGGUAGAAAAACUAAAACAGCUGACUGGCUUGGAGUAAACAAAAAAGUCAAUUUGAUAAAUUAGAUGGCAUCUGCCCUCCCAGAUCGGUUCAGCGCUGGAAAGCGGCAGUUUUGGCGUGAGUUCCUAGCUCUUUAUCAAGGAAUGCCGGAGUUGUGGGAUGCCCACCAUGUGAAUUACCGCAACAAAGAGCUCAGAAACAGAGCCUACGAGCUGCUAGAAACAAAACUUAGGGAAAUCCAGCCAAACGCCACACGCACGGAAGUUGGAAGACGAAUUAAUAUCUUCAGGACGAACUACAGGCGUGAGCAGAUGCGUAUUCUAAAGCAAAAGGAAUUAGGUCUGCACUCGGAUCUCUGCAAGCCGACCCUCUGGUUCUACGACUAUAUGGGUUUCCUGCUCACACAGGAAACCUUUCAGCACAGGAGCAGAAAGGGUCGGAUGUCAAACGGCGAUAAACAAAAGCAGGUUUUCCGAUUAAACAGAGGCGUUAUUCCGGAUCCGUCCGAUGGCCUGGGGGACUGGCACAUGAAUGACAAAAACGAAAGCUAUUUACCUGAUCUAGAAUCCCAGAAAUCCGAAGAGACUUCCCUUUUGAGUCCAAAAAUUGAGAUAAUCGAACCGGAUGGGGGAAAUACAACCAAUGAAAUAGAACACAGCGAUCUCAAGGAGGAAGCCGAUGAUAUGGAGAUCUCGGCGUCUAAGGAUACUGACUGUUCCACGCAUGGGGAGGCAAAAACAAGAUGCGAAAACAGCAGGCGACCGGAUCAUUCUAGUCUAAGUGAAGCAUCUCAGGUGCUGGCAAGAUCCUGGGCCAUUCAGUACGAGGAGAUGGCCCCAACUCAACGCAUCCUGGCCAGAAAAGCUAUCGCUGAUAUAUUGUUUGAAGGCUGUAUGGGUAACCUAAGAAUAAAUCGUGGAGACCAACGAAAUACCGUGGGAAAUCAUCUGUAUAGUUAAAUACAUUCUAGAUUUGAAUUUAAGUAAAGUAUUUUUUAAGAUAUAACUUAGUUUAUCAUAUGCUAUAAGUCGAAAGUGAUUUUGAAUUUUUGUGACAAAAAGCUAUUCACAAAUAACAAAGAUUAUGAAUAAAAAAAAUAAUAAAUAACCAAC